UUCAUAUCAUUCACUCAUGGACAAAUCUCCACCAAAAUCUUUCAUCAAGGCUAAAGAUGGCGUUAGAGACCGAGUUUCGGACAAGACAGAGAGAGUUCGGACUCCUCAAAAGGUUGUUGUGAAAGAUAACACUAAGAAGCCUCAAGAUUUCAAGUUGCAUACGCAAGAAAGAGCGGUGAAACGGGCGAUGUUUAAUUACUCGAUAGCAACAAAGUUAUACGUGACCGAGCUACAAAAGAAAGUGGAAGAAAAGUUGCACAAGAUGAUAGAAGAGGAAGAGGUUCGGUUGAUGAGAAAGGAGAUGAUUCCAAGAGCUCAGCUCAUGCCCUACUUUGAUAGACCCUACUUUCCACAAAGAUCAAACCGACCUUUGACGAUCCCGAGAGAGCCGAGUUUCUUGAUGAACAAGGAGCAAUGGAGCUGCAACGGUGACAGUGAAGUUUACAGCUUUCAGAGACAAGCUUUGAAACCAAUCAAAUAAACUAUAUCAUUUGUAAAACCAUGUGUUUAU